UUUGAAAGGUUGUGUUGGCUCUGCAAAUGUGAAAAUGGGGAAUACAAUAGUUAGCUGUGCUGUAACAGGACCUAAAGAACAACAAUCUGGAGAAACUGCUUUGGAAGGCCUUUUAAAUAUUUCUCUUCACGGAAUUGAUCCAGCACUUCGUUAUAGUAUUGAACACGCUCUCCAAGCCGUUGUUUGUCUUAAAAAAUUGGCUAGGACGGAAAUUGAUGUGGAAUUAAAUGUUUUGUCAGACGAUGGAGGGGUUUUGGCUGCUUGUUUAUUAGCCUCUGGAUUAGCUAUUGCAUCUGCUAAUAUUGAAAUGUUUGAUAUUCUUCUGCCUUGUAAUAUUUUAAUACCAACACAACCCCCAUCUCCCCCAGGCUUCCCUCCAGCCUUCAUUCUUGAUCCAGACUCAACUACAAUUGCAAAGUAUUCUUCUAGGGCAGCACUUUUAACUUUGGCAAUAAUUCCGUCUAUUGGACAAAUUGUUUUGACCGAAUUUAGUGGUUGUCCUCUACCUUUAUCUAUUUGCCAGCAAAUAAUUCCAGUAGCUUUUGAUUGUUGUAUGCAACUUUAUUCGAAUGUUCGUCAAACUUUGGUGGAUAGUUUAGAAGAGGUGGACGAUAAUUUAAUUGUUGAAAAUUUAAUGAUUGAAUAA